GCUUUGAAAAUGUGUUUAAUUUACGGCUAAAUUCAAGUGUACAUGCAAAAUGAGUUAGAAUUUGUACAUGUUGAUUCUAAUUCAUUCAUUUUAAACAUGUUACGGGUAAAAUUAUCGAAAUUGAGACAGGUGUGUGCCACUGCCUUUAUAGCGAGGAUUUUAAAAGAAACUAAACCAAUCAAGAGAAAUAUAGAUAAAUAUUCCAUCGAAUAUUUGAGUAAAGCGUCGAAAAGUACUGACUCGAGUUCCAAAGAUGAAAAUUCCGAAAAACGAAAACAUAUAAUUGAUAAAUGCUUUGCGGAAAAAACACCGGUAUUAGAAGAUUUCCAAAAAAAUGCAAACGAUGAAUUGCUCAUGAAGGAUAAUUUGACGCUUUAUGAGGGUAACACUGUAGAUAAACCUGAAUCAUCGAUAUCUAAAAUAUUUGGUAAAGAAAAAAAGUCUAUCGAGGUAGGAAGAAAUGCUAGAAUUCAAGAUAUAGCAGCAAAGGUAGAAGAAGUUAAGCUAGCUCAUGAUAUCAUUCAUACUAAGGGAGUUAAAGAUGAACCAACAUUACUACAAAAUGCUAAAGUUGAAAGCAACCCAGAGAAUUCAAAAGUUUCAACAUUGCUGCAAAAUAUCAACGUUCAAACCACCACAGGAGAUAUGAGAGAUGUAGAGAAUCUAAGUCAAAAUGUUGGUCAACUGGACAAGAUACCCCAUGAACACCUGAAUGCUACUUUAACAGUAUCAGACGCACUAGAAAAUACUGAUCUUCAACAAUCUGCAGCAAAUAUAGAAAAAGAAAAAAUAGCUCAGCAUAUCGUUCAUAUUGACAAGACUCCAUAUGUUAAUAUUGAUGCAGCUAAAGUUGAAGAUGUAAAUAUAAUCCAAAAAGAAUCAGAGAUACAACAGAAUGCUGAAAUUGAAGCCAAGACACAAACGGUGGAUAAAGAAAAAUUAUUGCAGCAUGUAAUUCAUAUUGAUAAGGCUCCCCAUCUUGGAAACGAAGUAGCUAAAAUAAACGUGCUUAAUCCAACACUUUCAGAAUCAGUUCUAAACACUACUACAGCUAGAACAGAAGAAGAGAAACUAGCACAGAAAAUUGAUCAUAUUGAUGAAACACCACACGUUGAGGCUGGUGUUGCUAAAGUUGAAGGGUUCAAUGUUUCUCCAAAAGUUCUUGGCCAUGAAGCUAACCCCAAUUUAACUGUAAGUGAACCCAGUUCAGACACUUUUUCUGAACAAACAGAGCAAUUUAACAUAGACGAGCUAGCAAAGAAAUGUCUUGGUAAGCCAGAUGGCGAUAUUGAUCAAAUUUUGCUCAAAGAAUUGAAAAACAUAUCCCGUGCAAAUUCGAUAAAACUGAAUUUCCCAAAGGAUGAUUCUUCUCAAAAAUAUUUUAGUCAAAUAUUUGAAAACAAAUCAAGAGACAAUAAUAAUAUUGUGUUUGAUAUAUCGGCCACACAUCUUAAGCAAGUUUUGAGAAAGGAAAUAAAAGAUGUUACAGAAAUGAGAAUGGAUAAGUUUUACCCUUUUCAUUUGGAUACAGUUCCCAUAGUUACUACUGAUACAAGAGAAGAUGAAUGUAAUAGAAAUUAUUCACCAGAUGGCAUUAAAAAUCUUUUACUUGAUAUUCCCGCCGUUUUAGACCCAUAUGACAUGCAAGCUAUUCCUUUUUAUCAGUAUGUCACCAAAGAGAAUAUUGAACUCCAAGAACUUCAGCAACAAGACGCCCCUACACGGAAACCAGCAAAGACGGCACAAGAAACUCUGAUGGAAGCUCCAAUGCAUCUUUCGAGGAAUGCCCCGAUGAACGAAGAAGUCAUACUCAGUAGAGAUGACUUAAACUUGCAAGAACCUACAAUGAACAAUGAGUUAAAAGAACUUGAAGAGGCUGAAACCUUUGCACCACCAUCAGAAGUUGAGCACUCUUUGAAAUCAAGACAGACAACAGCUUUGUCUGAAUCUGACGUCUCCAAGUUACUUGAAUAUAAAAAUUCGCUAUCAGUACAGGGGGUACAACUUGGAAGGAUGAAUUCUAAUAUUGAGCCAAGUGAAUUCCCUACUGCGGACACCGAUACUGAAUCAGGAAAACUAUCAACUACAUCGCAGGAAUGCUCAUUUGAAGAACUUCAAAAUGCUACGCAUACUGUACUCACAACCACACCAGCGGAUCCUUUCGGUACUGGACAAAAUGAUUCUAGCCAGCAAAAUAUGCCUAGUUCUACCGUAUUUCAUGAAGGUGAGGAAAGGCGUACUGAACAACAGACAAACACUGCGAUAUCUGCUAAUCAAGAACCUGGUGAAUAUUUUCCCACGAAUCAUUUUAAUUCUUUUACGGAUAUCAGCAUUGUACAAGCUGAGUAUUUAGUUACUGAUACUUGUGUCACAUAUUCUGGGGUUUUCGAUAGUAAAAUGGCAACUAUUAGCGAUGAGGCAUAUGAUACAGCUACUGAUAGUCUUAUAUCCCAGAGUAUAUCUAAUUAUUCCACGUUUCCCCAGCUUUCAGAAUUCGAAGAAAAUAAUUAUGCUGUGCGUAAACCAAAGAAACGUUUGGUUGGAACUGACCGUAUCACACAUGUCUUUAACCAACCAGGACAAAUACAAGAUGGUAGAUUAAAAGCAGUUGUAACUGAGGAUGUGGACUUGACGUCUUAUACAGAAGACAAGAUCCCACUUUCAAUGUUAUUAAAACGAGUUAGGGAACGAAAUCUUUUGGAAUUUAUUACGUCCGUUAAAACUGAAACCGAAGUAGCUAAAAGGCCCAAUUGCUUACCACCGUUGGAUAAAAGUAAACCAAAAACUACUAUCAACCCUUCCCCCUGCCAACCCAAACCCAAAGAGAAAGAGUCGUGUAAGGAACCACAACCAUGCAAACCGCCUGAGAAAAAGGACCCAUGCGCGAAAUUUUCUCCAUUCAUCUUUGCAGCGCUCUUAAGAUCGAACCUUGAUGUUUCUAUCCCCCCUAAACCAAUAUACGAUCAGAUGUAUACUUACAUAUCUUUGGUUAAGGAGAUGAGUUUUAAGAAAUUUAAGCACCUCCUCCAAAUUUUGGGCUUUCUUAAUAUAAAACAAAGUGCAGACAAAACUGAUGACGUGGUAUGCGUUAGAGAUUUCGAACCUUGGGUGCCUAUACCGUCUUGGCCUAUGCCGAAGGUGGCUAAGAAAAAGUCUGUAGUAUACCCCAAGGAUGGAUGCAAGUUACCCGUGAAUCCCGUACGAUCAAAUACAGACAAACCCUGCAUGGAAAAGUCUAAGAAGAUAUCACCAACCAAAACCAUUUUCAAUCCAUCAGUAAUUCAUGAAAUGUAGAGAAAUUUUUUU